CGUAACAGCUCGUCAACCAGACAACAAAGAGAGUCGACUCAUUUUCUCAUCUUCUCUUUCACUCCUUUUCGAUCCCUCUCUUUUCUAUCAUUUGUGUUUCCCCUGUCGUCCUGUUCUACGGUGGCCUGAGGUGGUCAAGUCUUGUGUUCUGUGGCGCGACUCAAGGCCCAACUCUGAGGUCCACUGGUCUGUGUGUUUGUGUGUGUGUGUUUGUGUGUGUGUGUGUGCCGGCAUGAGUGACCCGGCGGCGGAGCUGCCCUUCUACUAUGGCAGCGUGAGCCGCAGUGAUGCGGAGGAGCAGCUGAAGCUGGGCGGCAUGGCGGACGGCCUCUUCCUGCUCCGCAAGUGCCUCCGCAGCCUGGGCGGCUACGUGCUGUCGGUGGUCUGGAACCUGCAGUUCCACCACUACCCCGUGGAGAAGCAGAUGAACGGCACGUACUGCCUGGCGGGAGGCAAACCGCACUGCGGCCCCGCCGAGCUCUGCGAGUACUACAGUAAGGACGCGGACGGGCUGGUGUGUCUGCUCAAGAAGCCCUGCCUGCGCUCCUCCGACACCCCCGUGCGAGCCGGCGUCUUCGACAACCUGCGAGACAACAUGAUGAGGGAGUACGUCAGGCAGACCUGGCACCUGGAGGGGGAGGCUAUGGAGCAGGCCAUCAUCAACCAGGCCCCUCAGCUGGAGAAGCUGAUCGCCACCUCGGCUCAUGAGAAGAUGACCUGGUUCCACGCCAAAAUCUCUCGACAGGAGGGCGAGAGGCGCCUGUACUCUGGAGUGCAGCCCGACGGCAAGUUCCUGGUGAGGCAAAAGGACGACUCCGGCACCUUUGCCCUCUCCGUCAUGUAUGGCAAGACCGUCUACCAUUACCAGAUACAGCUGGAUAAAUCUGGGAAAUAUUUCAUGCCAGAGGGAACAAAGUUUGACACUGUGUGGCAACUGGUUGAGUAUCUGAAGAUGAAGCCUGAUGGGCUGGUGACAGUGCUGAGGGAACCCUGUGUCAACCGCAACAAUGCAACAGCCACUCCUGUUACGCCAGCUGCGAGGAGAGCACCAGGCGGUAGAUAUGUACCGCCCCCUCAAGCGGUCAUGGAGAGUCGUAAGAACUCGGAUUCCCAGGUGGAGAACCGUCGUCCGAUGCCGAUGGACACGAGUGAGUUCACGAGUCCGUACGACGACCCCGAGGAGCUGAAGGAGAAGAAGCUCUUCCUGAAGCGGGAACAGCUGAUGAUGGACGAGGUGGAGCUCGGAUCAGGGAACUUUGGCUGUGUCAAGAAGGGUGUCUACAAGAUGAGGAAGAAACACCUGGACGUGGCCAUCAAGGUGCUGAAGAGUGAGAAUGAGAAGGGUGUGAAGGAGGAGAUGAUGCGUGAGGCGGAGAUCAUGCACCAGCUGGAUAACCCCUACAUCGUACGCAUGAUCGGCCUGUGCCAGGCGGAGUCGCUCAUGCUGGUCAUGGAAAUGGCCUCCGGGGGGCCCCUCAACAAGUUCCUCUCCAGCAAGAAGGACCAGAUCUCGACGGAGAACGUGGUGGAGUUGAUGCACCAGGUGUCACUGGGCAUGCUCUACCUGGAGCAGAAAAACUUCGUCCACAGAGACCUGGCGGCCCGCAACGUGCUGCUGGUCAACCAGCACUACGCCAAGAUCAGCGACUUCGGCCUGUCCAAGGCCUUAGGAGCAGACGACAACUACUACAAGGCCCGGUCGUCUGGGAAAUGGCCUCUGAAGUGGUACGCGCCAGAGUGCGUCAACUUCUACAAGUUCUCCAGCAAGAGCGACGUGUGGAGCUUUGGCGUGACCAUGUGGGAGGCCUUCUCCUACGGAGGGAAGCCUUAUAAGAAAAUGAAGGGCCCAGACGUGAUGAGUUUUAUUGCGGGCGGAUCUCGAAUGGAGAGCCCCGCGGGAUGCCCUGAGACCAUGUACAAACUCAUGCUGGACUGUUGGACAUUCAGUCACGAGGAGCGUCCGUGCUUCGCCAAGGUGGAGGAGCGGAUGCGUGCCUUCUACUACUCCAUCUCCAAGAAGACGCAGAGCCCUCAGGCCGCCACGGGAGCCACAGACGCUGAGAUGGCGAAACCCGUCCUCGACGACUAGUGCUGACAUGGCUAGAGCCGUCCUCGACUAAUAAUAAUAAUAAUAAUAAUAAUAAUAAUAACUGUAUUUGUAUAGCACCGUAUCAUAAAAGGCAUGCAGCUCAGAGUGCUUAACAAGUGGGAAAACAUCAAUAUUAAAGAUGGAGUUAGAAAGAGAAGUAGACAAGAGAGACAGAAACAAGAAAGAAUAGCCAGCAGACAAAAGAAGAAGGCAUAAAUAGAGAUUGUAGAGGCAUAAUGCUGACAUGGAUAGACCAGGGAUGUCAAAUUCAAACUGAUUAAGGCUGAAAUCAAAAUCUGGGACGAAGUUGCGGGCCAAAUUCCCUUUAGUCCAUUUAAAAUUAUAAUUAGUGUGAGCUAUUUCACUGGCCUGGGUCCACUCCAUAUUCCUGUGACAUCAAAUUUCAUAUUCAAGUCUUGUUAGACACUAUACAUUAAUGGCGUAUGGGGCCAGCUGUAUAAUACACAUUUGAAGUAAUCUUGCUGACCAAAUAGAAUGACUCCGCAGGCCUGAGUUUGACAUCCCUACGCUAGACCCUCCACUAACACUGAUAUGGCUAAUUAAUGCUGAGAUUACUAAACAAGUUCAAGUUCAAGAGUUUAUUUGUCAUGUCAACAUAGUUGGUAGGAUUUUUUGUGGCAUAUCCCCAACAACAAACAUCAGAUCGAACACAAACAAUGGUCA